CCUUCAUCACGAAACCCAAGCUUUCAGUUUCCAGCUCCCCAGACCUACAAGGAUGAUCUUGCCCUUAAUAACAGGCUCUCCCACUCCUCACGGGUCAUUUGUCCUCCGGUGCGGCUGGUGUAACAGCCGAACUUCACUUGGCACUUGGCGCAAAUCUUGGCCGCCGCUCACUCAGCACCUCCUGUAAAAAGUUCCAAUGUGAGUUCCCCCCGAGAAAAAAAAAAUUUCACGAAGCUUAGACUAUCAUUACCUCCCGACCUUCUUCCUGCCGCUGCUGCCGACUGAUCCCCUCCUCGCUCCCCCGCUGCCGAAAUGUUAUCGUUGAUAACCCUCCCCCGAGGCUUAAUUCUCCUUCUCCUCCUCGGCCUGACAACGCCACACACGACGCGGGCCUUCCCGUCGAAAGUCGACCCAGAACUCCUCCUGGAUAGCGAUAAGUCUUACGAAACAUACCACGAGAAAUAUAAGUGCCUAGAGGAAGAAUGCUACGUAUACUACGGUGUCGAUGCAUUAUACGAGGGCAAUUGCACGGUGAUUCUACAUUCUCCGAAUGCAUGGAGUGCUUCCGUUGGCCUGGGCGGGGAUCUCAAACACCCAUUGACGCUUCCGGGAACACUAUAUCUCGGCCCGACGCACAGCUAUGGGCUUCGAACGUUUGAUCCCAAUGACUUAUUUCUCGCGUUGGAUGCCGAAGCUAAGGGGUUCGGCGACCUGGGUUUUUCAAGCAUCAAUUACAUGACGUCGGUAUUCCCGGCGUACUUACUCAACGGGAUUCGCGGGAAGGAAGGGCGGGUGCUAUGGGACGUCACGGCCGAGACAAUGAUGGACGACAUGGAGGGCGAUAGUACCUACGUCUACGUCGGCGGAGAGCUACGCUACUCAGCACCUACCCCACCACAGGACGAUUUUGCGAACCAGCUCAAACUGUACUGGCCUGUGGGUUGGGGCAGUGGCCUCGUCAAAACAGGAAAGACUGGAAGAGUGGCAAACACGCGCGGGGUGGAAAAGUACCUCUACUCGAGACCACCGGUGGGCCGUGUGCCGCCCGGGCAGCCGUAUGAAAUGAAGUUUGGUGGAAUCGUCGAGGGGGAGACGGCAAGGGUGAAUUUUACCGUUACGGAUUACUGCUCGAGAGCCGUGUGCGAGGAUUGGGAUGAUCGGUAUCAUUUUAAUUAUACAGUUGUGUUUGUCGGGAUAAACCGCGCGGGCGGUGUGGGGAGGUGGCCGAUGCCGGUUAUGGAGAUCCAUAAGGAUAGGAUGCUAUUCACUGAUGGGAGAACCGGAAGGCUCGAGGAGGUCGAGGGAGUUGAAGACCGCGAGGAUUGUGGGGCCGUGUGUAGAGUUUUCAGGUGGCUAGGCAGCAUAAGUGGUUUGUAUAUCGGCGUCAUACUAUAUGGUGGUUUAUGUUUGGGUCUGGUUCUCUUCUUUAUCAGAGCGAUGUUCUUCCGGUAACAACCUGCAUAGUCAUUUGUCCUUUAUUUUUUUCCUAGGGGCGCCAGUUUUGAAAUAUCUGUCAUGUAAUAUCAUACUUUAGUACAUACCAAUUUAUUUAACUCUUCUGAUCUCCAA